AUGGAGGACGCCCUGGAAAAGAAAAGCAAAAAGAUGAAGGAUAGGGGCCUCCAUAAAAAUUUGAAGGAGUAUUCUCAACGCAAUGGCCGACCUCGCCCGCCGAAUUCUCAUGCGCUGCAAGCAGGAAUCAAAGCAUUCCUCGAAAGCCCAGCUGGACACUCUCUUUUGACCGAGAAGGGUAUAGACCUAGAGUCUCUUGAAUUACCGAAAAGGUUCACAAUAUAUGAGCCUCUGCUGCUACUUCCAGCAAAUGCGUUUACCGCUCCGCCAGCAUGGCGAGUAAUAUAUGCAGCUUUAACGGCAGAGCAACAGGAAGACUUAUAUGCCUCGAUAGCAAGGUCUUUCCGACGACUUGGCGUGACACAUGUUGCGAUGAAUGCUCCUAUCGCAUUAAACAAUGUGAAAGGCGCAGAGAAUCGGAUGAGGAGUCCUGCGGGGCUGGUCCCUUUAUAUGGCGACUUUAAAAACUCGCGUCUAGACUCCCUAAGUGGCGACGAGAAUGCACAACCAAGUGCCGAAGAUCUUGAAGCUGCAUUUUGGGUUCAGACAGUGCAGAAUAAUGGGAUUAAACAGACCUGGGCUCCGCUGUACACCAUGUUCUCUCGAGGAAAUAUCACCGAGAAAGCCCGCAUUCUUGGGAAAGGGUCCUCCGCAAACACAUUUGAGGGCCUUGAUGCAGCUUCAUUGGGUCAAAAUGUUGCAGAUAUCAGUGUCGUGGAUAUGUAUGCGGGGAUUGGCUACUUCGUCUUCUCCUACUUGAAGCGUGGGGUCAAGAGAGUUUGGGGCUGGGAAUUGAACGGCUGGUCGGUUGAAGGUCUGCGAAGAGGUUGCAUAGCGAAUAAAUGGGGAUGUAGGGUUGUACGAGUCCAUGAAGAUGGUCAUAUGGAUUUCUCGAUCUCGGCUUUAGUAGCCAGUCUUGCAGAUUCCGAUCGUGUGGUUGUGUUUCAUGGCGAUAACACGUUUGCAUCGGAGAUCUUGGCGGAAGUUCAACGAGCUAUAAGCGAAAGAGAGAAGUGGUCUCCCAUUCGCCAUGUCAACCUGGGACUGUUGCCUUCGUCGAGCCAAUCCUGGGAUAAAGCAUGUCGGGUGCUUGAUUUCCAACAGGGAGGUUGGCUCCAUGUCCAUGAGAAUGUGGACGUGCGGCGUAUUGAAGAAAAGAAAGAAGAAAUCGCCCGUGAACUGACAGCCCUUCGCGUUCGGGUUUACGAAGAGCAUGGUAUCUCGGGGGCCUCCAUUGUUGAGUGUCAUCACGUGGAACAUGUCAAGACGUACGCACCUGGUGUAAUGCACUGCGUCUUCGACAUGCGGGUGUCUGCUCCUAUUUGA